GUAAGCCAGACGAAGAAGAAGAGGGUCAAGCCUCCGACAAAUAUGCGAAAGUUUCGCUGCUUAGCCACUCCGUUAGUCGUCGUGCUGUUAGCUGUCAACUGACACCCACGAUGGGCUUCGUGCCGGACAGAGGUGACUUCUAUCUUCUCUUGCUGCUUCUGUUUCUUUCGGAGGCCAACUUUAGAUGGGCGGCGGCACAACACUGCGUGUGGUAUGGCGAGUGUGCCGAGUCCGACAAGGUCCCCGGAAAGAAAUAUAAUUGUAACUACACAGGAUCCCCCAAACCUCUGGACCCCGAGGGCUACGACCUCCUCUUGGAGCUGUGUCCUGGUUAUGACUAUGGCAACCGCAAACUCUGCUGCAAUGUGGAUCAGUUGCGUACUCUCAAAGCGAGUCUCCAGCUGCCCCUUCAGUUCCUGUCCCGAUGUCCCUCAUGUUUCUUCAACUUGAUGAACCUCUUCUGCGAGUUGACGUGCAGCCCGCACCAGAGCCAAUUCAUGAAUGCCACCAAGUUCGAGUACACAAAUUCCACCGAGUUCAACAGCUCCAGCGUCGUGGAGGUGCAGUACUAUAUCGGACAAACAUUCUCCAACGCCAUGUACAAUGCCUGCCAGGAUGUACAAGCGCCGUCCAGCAACGUGCCGGCCUUGUCCUUGCUGUGCGGCAAAGCCGCCCAGUACUGCAAUGCCACCAACUGGAUCCAGUACAUGUUUGACAUAAACAAUGGGCAGGCUCCUUUUCCUAUUGUACCAAUAUUCACAGAUGUGCCGGUGUUUGGCUACACCCCGAUGAACAACAAGACAUAUGGCUGUUCCGAAGGUCUGGACGAUGGUUCAGGUCCUUGCUCCUGCCAGGAUUGUACCAAAGAAUGCGGGCCUGAACCCCUCCCUCCACCUGUCCCGCCUCCUUGGACCAUCAUUGGAGUGGAUGCGAUGACUGUCAUUAUGUGGAUCUCUUACAUCACCUUCCUGUUCGUGUUUAUCGGCACAGUGCUCGCAGCGUGGUGCUACAGGAAAAGGAUAAUUCUGUCGGAGUAUGGGCCCAUAUUGGAUAGUAAUAACCCGUUAUCGCUCAACAGCGAUAAUCCUGAAGCAGUCAACGCAUCGUGCUGUGAAACGCUGGGAGAGAGUUUUGAGAACGUGCUGCGGGCGGGCUUCAGCUCGUGGGGCUCAUUCUGCGUGCGCUACCCGUGUUCGGUCAUUCUGGGCAGCCUGCUCCUGGUGAUGGCGUCCUCGGGUGGUCUGGUCUACAUGCGCAUCACCACCGACCCCGUGGAGCUAUGGUCGUCGCCAGGCAGCCAGGCGCGCCAAGAGAAGGACUACUUCGACAGCCACUUUGGGGCUUUCUACAGGACGGCUCAGCUCAUCAUCACCACGCCGCUCAACGAGACCUUCACCUACAAGCCCUACUUUGGAGGGUCCGACGUUCCCUUUGGAGCCAUUUUGGAUAAGGACAUCCUUCAUCAGGUGUUGGAUCUGCAGCUUGCCAUCGAGGCACUCGUUGCCCAAUACGAUAGCCAGAACGUCACGCUGAAGGACAUCUGCAUCUCCCCGCUGGCCCCUUUCAACGACAACUGUACUAUCUUGAGUGUCCUGAACUACUUCCAGAAUAGCCACGCUGUACUGGAUCACAUGCGAGGCGACGAAUUCUUUGUCUACGCCGACUUUCAUAGCCACUUCCUCUACUGUGUCAGCGCACCGGCAUCCCUCAAUGACACCACUAUCCUCCACGAUCCUUGUCUCGGCACUUUUGGAGGUCCCGUCUUCCCUUGGCUGGCGCUGGGAGGCUACGACUCCACCAACUACAACAACGCAAGCGCUCUUGUCAUCACCUUCCCGAUCCACAACUCCCGCAACGACACUGACAGUCUGGGCAAAGCCCAAGCGUGGGAAAAAGAAUUCAUCCGCUUCAUGAAGGAGUUCCACAACCCCAACCUGACCAUCGCCUUCAGCUCCGAGAGGAGCGUCGAGGACGAAAUCAAUCGGGAGAGCAACAGUGACAUCAGCACCGUUGUCCUGAGCUACGCCAUCAUGUUUGUCUAUAUCUCGCUAGCACUAGGACACAUCAACAGCUGCAGAAGACUGCUGGUGGAUUCCAAGAUUUCUCUGGCCAUAGCGGGUAUUCUGAUUGUGCUGAGCUCAGUAGCAUCCUCGCUGGGCAUCUUCAGCUACAUUGGCAUCCCCCUCACCCUCAUCGUCAUUGAGGUCAUCCCCUUCCUGGUGCUGGCUGUUGGUGUGGACAACAUAUUCAUCAUUGUGCAAACGUACCAGCGAGAUGAGCGGUUGCCCCAGGAGGAACUUCACCAACAGAUAGGUCGCAUCCUCGGCGACGUUGCACCCAGCAUAUUUCUGUCCUCCUUUUCAGAGACUGUGGCCUUCUUUCUGGGAGCACUGUCCAACAUGCCUGCAGUUAGGACUUUUUCCCUCUUUGCUGGCCUGGCUGUUUUCAUUGAUUUCCUGUUGCAAAUCAGCUGCUUUGUCAGCCUUCUGGGCUUGGAUCUGAAGAGGCAGGAGGCAAAUCGUCUGGACAUUAUCUGCUGCGCCAAGUUGCCCGAAGGUCAAGAAACAAGGACAGACAGCAUCCUUUUCCGUUUUUUCAAGAAGGUCUUUGCGCCAUUCAUCCUCAAAGAAUGGGUGCGGCCCAUCAUUGUGGCUGUGUUUGUGGGAGUGUUGUCCUUCAGUAUUGCUGUGGUAAACAAAGUUGAGAUCGGACUGAAUCAGCAGCUCUCCAUGCCUGAUGAUUCAUACGUGUUGGAGUACUUCAAGAACCUGAGUCAGUAUCUCCACACGGGAGCUCCGGUCUACUUUGUCGUGGAGGAUGGCCUCAACUACAGCAGCCUUGAGGGCCAGAAUGCCGUGUGCGGCGGCGUAGGAUGCAACAAUAAUUCACUGGUGCAGCAGGUCUAUUCUGCGUCGCUCAUCAGCAACUACUCAACCAUUGCCGUCACACCUUCCUCCUGGCUGGACGACUAUUUGGAUUGGGUCAAGCCACGGUCCACUUGCUGCCGUUACAACAAUGCCACAGGAGCCUUUUGUAACACUUCAGUGGUGGACCCAUUGUGUGUACACUGUCGACCUUCGACCCAAAGUGGGAAGCAGAGGCCCCUGGGUGAUGACUUCAUGCGCUUUCUUCCCAUGUUCCUGUCAGACAAUCCCAAUGUCAAGUGUGGAAAAGGCGGCCAUGCAGCCUAUGCCACAGCAGUGGACAUUUUCCCCAACAACACCCAGGUGGGCGCCAGCUAUUUCAUGACCUUUCACACCAUCCUGAAGGAGUCGUCGGACUAUAUUGACGCUUUGAAAAUGGCCCGCAUCUUGGCUGACAACAUCAGUCAGACCAUGGACCACAAAGUCUUUGCCUACAGCGUCUUCUACGUGUUUUAUGAGCAGUACCUCACCAUCGUGUACGACACAGCCUUUCAACUGAGCGUGUCGCUGGGCGCCAUUUUCCUGGUCACCACAGUGCUGCUGGGCUUUGAGCUGUGGUCAGCCGUGAUGGUGUGCGUCACUAUCGCCAUGAUCCUGGUCAACAUGUUUGGCGUCAUGUGGCUGUGGAAUAUCAGCCUGAACGCCGUCUCGCUUGUCAACUUGGUCAUGGCAUGUGGGAUUUCUGUGGAGUUCUGCAGUCAUCUGGUUCGGGCUUUUUCCGUCAGCAUGAAGAAAAGCAGAGUGGACCGGGCUGAGGAGGCGCUGGCGCACAUGGGCAGCUCGGUGUUCAGUGGAAUCACACUGACAAAGUUUGGCGGAAUCCUAAUCCUGGCGCUGUCCAAAUCGCAGAUCUUCCAGGUGUUCUACUUCCGCAUGUACUUGGCCAUCGUGCUGUUGGGUGCCACGCACGGCCUCAUCUUUCUGCCUGUGCUGCUCAGCUACAUAGGCCCCUCGACCAACAGGGCAAAGUUGCUUGCGGCCAACAGGCGCUUCAUUGGAACCGAAAGGGAACAGCUCCUCAAUUACUGAGACAGCCGGACAGCCGGCCAGACGAGCGGGACAAUGAAGCGUGCGGGUCGUGAGUGCCGCCUGCUUUCUCCCCCCAUCUUUGUCUCCCGCCAUUACAGACAACCCUGGUCAUGGCCGCUGCUGUCUUUUUACACGGAUUGGACUGACGACUAUGACUUGACAUUUCUCGUCACACAACUACCAUCUGGCGCUCAAGUGAUAGAAUCGAGACUGGAAUAUCAUGCAGAGAUGUCAGUUGACAGACACUUACCGGUACUUGCGCCUUCGUUGGAGGUGAUUUGGGAAUGUUUAAAGGGGAAUCCUGGUCAGUUUUAAAAUAUACAUACACACACACACACACACGUUAUAAACUUUUUUUUUAAACAACAUAUCUCAAGAGCUCAAGCUAACAUGCAACAUGUUUCAAGUCUUCACUGCUACCAAGUAAUGAUGCAAUAACAUGCAGUUUGUAACUCUAGGAAUGACUCAGGUUUUGCUCUCGCAUAGUUGACAAGAGAGGUACUCGAGUCCUCCAGAGUUGGGCACACCUGAACGAGGUCUACUUGGGGAAGUAAGUUUUAUCACGGGUGAUCUUUGUAAACAAGAAAACAUUUUUGCAGUAGCCGAACAGGCUUAAGUACCAGCUUUACGCACGUGUGAAUACCUCUAAUUUAUGGGACUAAUUUAAAUAUUCUUUCACAUCCUUGACUGUAUUGUUUGAGAUGUCAUUCUUUUACUCAAGGAACUCUUGACUCGGCAUAGAACUGGACGACUGCAACAUUUGUACAAUGACAGCUUGAUCUGGAACGAGCAGUACCACUUUUUGUUUUGUUUGGGAUACAAUUUUUAAUUGAUGCGGUUACUGUGUCUGGGUUGUAAGUGACUCAACCAUUCCUUUUGGAGACUAGUUUUUAGAACAAUUUUAAUACAUUAUUAAAAAUUUCUCAGCCCACGGGCUUUUUGUGUGGUGGUGGUCUGGGGUCCACGUGCUGGAUCCCAUUGGGUCAAUUAAAAUCUCCGAUAUGAUCGUGGCGUAUCAUCACUUAGAUCUGACAUCCCUGCAUGAAUAAAGUAGCGGAGGUUAGCAUAAAAGGCGUAACUCUGCUUUUACUUUUUAUCCGUAAUAACAAGUGAAAUAUGAUGACAAUAAAGUUGUAUUUUUGAAAUUCAA